AUGGGCAGCUGGAGCCUGAAGAGCUCUGAUGCUGGAGGAGAUCUUCACCUCAGGAUGGAGGAGAGGAGGGCUGAGGAGUCCCAGGGCAGGGAGUGUGAGUGGCUGGGAGGUGGAGGAACAGGAAUGAAGAGGAGAGCCCCCCUUUCUGAUGAGGAGUCUAAAACGAGCAGCUCCCAGCACUUGGGGUCUCAAGAGUUUUGUGUCAGCAGCAGCCUUUCCAAGGUGGAGCUCACAGCAGUCAGCGGUGGUGGCAGCAGCGCCCAGGGGUUGGAUGCUGAUGGCAAAGUGGAGGAAAAGCUUGGACCCAAACUGGAAGAACAACCACCUGAUCCCAACCCAAACCCGGAGUGUGCGGGAAAGACUGUGAAAGAUGGUGACCUGGGCCCUCUGCCAAGCCAGGGAGAUGACAGAGGGCAGGAGCCCACAAUCCCCACAGCUCCAGAGCAGGAGAGCAGUGGUGCUGAUGCUGCCCAGACACCUGCAGAUCCUCACGGUGACAAGCAGACUGAUGCUCCUCCAGCCUGCUCCGAGCCUCCUGGGAAGGAGAAAACCACCCCAAGCACUGGAGGAGCACAAGGUGUGCUGGCAGAAGGGACAUUGUCUGUGGUCGUCUCCAGCUGCAACACCUCUGCCUCCACUCCUGCUACUUUUACUUUGAACAGAGUGUGUUUCCCCACCUCUCAGGCCCCUGCUAUGCAAAAAGUGCCCCUGUCCUUUCAACCUGGGGCAGUUCUGAGCCCGAGCCAGUCGUUGGUGUACAUCCCACCACCCAGCUGCGGGCAACCCCUCAGCGUGGCUACACUUCCAGCCACCUUGGGAGUCUCCUCCACGCUCACCCUCCCCGUCCUACCUUCCUACCUACAUGAGCGUUGCCUGCCGGGCAUUAUCGCUUCCCCAGAGUUACGUUCCUACCCUUACACCUUCUCCGUCACCAGACCCUUGGCUUCAGACACCAAAGUGGUGUCUGUGGAGGUGAAUCAGCUCAGCUGCCCUUCACCUUCAGGUGGAAGCAGUGCCCAGGCUGCUGCUGAGGGUGCUCCUCAGUCCACUGCCGGCCCUUCCCUCUCCUCCUCCAACCAUCCUCCGUUGGCAGCAUCCUGCGGGACCGCUGCUCCCUCUCCCGGCACCGCGGCACACGCCAGAGCCCCCGGCGCCCCCGCUCCCGAGCCACAACACGCCGCACCGGGAGCUGCCACUUCCCUCUCACCUCUGAAGUCCCCUCCGCAGCUAGAACGUGAGAUGGUUUCCUCUCCAGAGUGCAGCGAGUUGCCUCUCGAUCUCUCUUCCAAAUCCAAUCGUCAGAAGCUGCCUCCACCCAGUCAACGUAAAACACCUCCCAUGCCCAUCCUCACACCCGUGCACACCAGCGGCAAAGCUCUUCUCACCACCGUCCUGUCCAAGUCUCAGCGAGCUGCCCAGACUACGGGCAGCAGCGUCACCUCGUGUCUCGGCACCACCCCUCCUUUAGUCAUCUUCCCCGAGUUCCUGCGCAACGGCGAGCAGGGCUCUUGGGUGAAGAACACCACGCUCAUCAGCACCAUUCCAGGCACCUACGUCGGCGUCGCCAACCCGGUACCUGCCUCGUUGCUGCUCAGCAAGGACCCCGGUGUGAGCUUCAGCAGGGACCCACGCCACCUUCCCAAGCAGGAACCCAUUUCCAUCAUCGAUCAGGGAGAGCCUCGUAGCGCUGGUGUUCCCAGUUGUGGGAAGAAAGCCAACCAGGUCAGCACAGAAGGACAGCAAGAUCCUGCCAGGAGACUUCUUCAUGGCAGAAUUACUCCAGGAGCUCCUUUGUGUCAGUCCAAGGAUAUCUCCACUUGGAAUCCCGGCCAGGGAAGCGUCUACCCGCGAUGCCCCGUGAAUGGAAAACCUUCCAACCCUCAGCUUCUGCCUCUUGGCUGGUCUCCUUAUCACCAAACCCCACUGCUUUCAAUCGGUAUCUCCACAACAGGGCAACUGCCCUCAAACCAGAACAGCUCCUGCAAGCCAACUGGUGCAGGUGAGCUCCCGACAUUCCCGAGCGUGCAGCCCACAGAGUCCAACACAGCCGCCCAGAGCCUGCCAGAGGGGCUGCCCAGGCUCCCACCUCAGGAACGGGAAACUGCAGCCAAGAGCAAGACCUGUCGGGCCUUACCCAAGCUCUACGAGGAACCACCCAAUCCAAUCCCGUUGGAUGCAGGUUCAUCUCUUCAGACCAGUGCUUUGGAUGUGAAAGGAGGGAAGGGGAAAGUGGACAACCCUCAGAAGAGUCAAGAGGGUGAUCAACCAGAGGUUGACUCCAGUAAGGAGAGCAACACACAGACUGAAGCUCCCCAGGGGAGCUGUAACCUCAAACAGUUGGAUGCAAAGCCUAAAAACCAAGUGUUGGCGGCAUAUUUGUCGCAUGAUCUACCCGUGGCUGGGCAGCAGAACCCACGGGUGAUUUCAGAGGUGUCCACUGUCCCCAUGGAGGGUCAACACAAGGAGCUGGGCUGUGAAGGCUCCCCGGAUCCACCGGCUGCAGAACCCCUGCAGUGCGUGCGUCAGGUGGAUCUGUGCAAGGUGAAGAAGGAGCGAGUGGAGUGUGACACAUCAUUUACUCCUGUCACUUGCCUGCGGGCUGGGACUGCUCCCCAAGCCUUUGCCGAGCUCAAGCUCAAAGGAGGAGGCCAAAUCAAGCAAGAGGGCAACGUGCGCUGCAAGUCCAAGAGGCAGCACGAUGGGGACACCAGGCAGACCCACAAGAGAUUGAAGUGCCAAGGCCAGGAUGGCCAGGAAUCCCCCAGCAAAUCGGGGAGCCGGAGCGUGCAUGGUCGGAAGUGGCGAAAACACCACGACAAUCCCCAUCCCCAUGAGCUCAGCAAACGUGAGGGCCGAGCCGGCCUGGGGUCGGGGAAGGACCACAACAGCCUCAGGGUGAAGCGUAAGCGCAGGAGGCCGGCGAAG